CGAGCGCGUGCCGAGGUGGAGACAAGCUGGCUGACUAACCCAGAAGAGCAGCAACCAGCGGUCAGUGGGUACGAGGGCCGUACUAGCGGCUCCUUCAAAGAAAGCAGGACAGUAAAGGAGCACCGAAGAGGCGACGCCAGAGGAGCAUCGGUAUAACCAAUACCCUACAAAGGAGCAAGCAGUACCAGGAAAACAUAAUCGAAAGAAAAUUGCUAGGGUGCUGCUGACGACUGGAGCCAAGGAAGCGGUCUUUUACGCCGACUUUGCGUCCAGGUGGGCGUACAGUUACAGUUACAGCUACAGUGGACCACCAGGUGGCACAUGACCGUGGCGAGCGUUCUGCAGCGCGCCACAUUCCUGGAAUCGGCCGAUCGCCAGACCUUAUGCAGCGCAGUACACGUAGGCUGAGCACCUAGCGGCGGCCGAGCGGACAGACGGACCGGUUGGGGGGCGGCGCGGCGGCGGCCGGGCGCGAGCUGACGCCGGCGACCGGGCCGAGGCCGUAGCGAGGCCGCCCGCCGCCGCCCACGGCGUCCCGAACACCUGUCAACAGUGCAGUGCAAGCGCGACCGAGGCGCAGCGAGGUGCGACCGGGGACCGCUGCGGUGACUUGUGAUUGGGCACUGCUGCCAGCCGUCGGCGGGGUGAGCACGCAGCGUCGGUGCCAUGUCGACACGCGCCAUGCGGGCUCCCGUGAGCUACGGUCCGCAGGCGGGCAGGGCGUCGGCGUCGGCGGUCGCCGGUCGCAGGUCGGCCGAGGCGGCCUCAGCCAGGCGGCGUUCGGCGGAGGUGCCCGCCAAACCGGCGCACGACGCACUGGACGACGACGACCACCACGAGCACGCCGCCAGCUGUCCGAUGCACGAUCGCAAGAGAGGGCGCGAGCCCACCGCCUCCAGCGGAUUCAAGAUUCGCGUGACGAGCGUGCCAAAUGAGACGGGGCCGGCUGAGGGUGACGCCGCCACCGGCCGAGCGCGGCCUGGUGCUCGGCGCAGCCCGCGGGCCCAGGUCAAGCCCGCCGCCAGCGCGAGCAGGACCGUCACGGCGUCCGCGGUGACGAGGGGCCGGUCCACCCCCGGCGGGGCGAGCGUGUCUGAGCCGGCAAAAGUCGCGGCGAAACAAAACACCGCUGCAAAUGGUGUGCCAGGCAGGAAAGCCGCCGUCGCUCAGGGAUCCAGGAUUCCCAAGGCGCGAGGUACGGGUAAAUCGACGCGGACAGGCAAGGAUUCAAAGGCAGGUGGAACAGAGGGGGUGGUUAGCGAUUAUCAAACAAAAGGGAAAGGCCGCACAGAGGAAGACCGCAAAUCGCCCCAUUCGCGCCCCAGCGAAAUAGGUGCAUCGGGACGCACCAAAAGACCAGCAAGACGCUCCAGCGAGAACGUAUCAAGCGAUGACCUGUCAGCAGAAGAGACCUGGCGCACGGGUGAUGGUGACACCGGGGAGCUCGGUAUCGGAGGUAUCUCCCGCAGCGAGAGGGACGCCUACUCCCGUCGUCCGACGGCGCCCAAGGAGCACCCCGCUGAGCUGACGUCACUCUACAACCAAAUUGAUGCCAGUGACAAGGGUACGAAGAAUCGCAAGUACGGGAAGGAUAAACCAGAUGCGCUCAAACGUGACGGCAGCGGAGGGAUGAGCGAUUUGAUGGACCUUGCCCAAGGCUUCGAUGCAGGCAGAUCAAAUAAGUCGAAAUCUCCCGAAUCAGGCUCGGCUGUCGUUCCAAGAAAGCGUGAGCUCGACAAAUUUCUCGAUGAAAUGGACUUUGACAAGUCGUAUGGUGGACCGCGAGAGAAGGCGACCGGUGUGGGGGCGGAGAAAACUGUGGAUUACAAAAACAUGUGGCGCACGGGGGAUGGAGAUGAAGAGCUAAUGAAUGACCUUCGCAAUAAGCCACGUGAUCGGAAUGACCGCUCCUUGUCCCCAGACUGGGACAUUGCCGAUCUUGUCAUGAAGAAAGAUUCAGAGGCCAACGUAGAUGGCACGCAUUCCAAAGGGAGCAGCAACAGGGCGUCAUCGGGCGAAGAAUCAAGUGAUGAACGCGACCGUGAUACAUCAGCCCCUAAGGCGAAAUCCCAACGUUCCAAAGACAAACCAGCUAAAAAGAAACCAAGUGAUUUCUCUGGUUUUGAUGACUUUUUGAGCUCCUCCUUAUCUGCGGUACCAAAGUUGUCGGGUCGCAGCGCUCUGCGUGACGUAAGGCGCAAGCCGGAUCGGCCAGCCGCUGACUCCGCUGCAAAACAUGAAGUAGCCACGCCCCACCGGUCCGAGAGCCCGCUCCGCCCAGCAGCCGCAGCGCGCACCAGCACGGCCGCCCCGCCGCGCUCGCGUUCUCGGUCAGGCAGUGAGGGCAGGGGGGUUCCGGCGCAGCGGCCGGCGGCCGGCGGCCGACGGGCAGGCGCCCUGGAGGACCUGAUCCAGCCGAGAUCGGCGGCGUCGGCGGCGUCGACGGCGCCGCUUCGCAGGGACGCUCGCUCGCCGAAGGGACCGCCGCGAUCUGGCGUGUCUGGCCGGCCGGCGGACGAGGCGGGGGCCGACCGCGGUUCGCCGCGGGACCAGCCUCGCUCCAGCCAGGGCGCGCGUCGCUGGCGGGCGGGCGAUGAUAGAGAGACAAGCCACUCCCCUUCACCCGAUGGCGGAGGAGAUCAUCAUAAGCGUGGACACGCAGACAGCAAGCAGAAGCCAGGCGUCCGGGAGUCACAUGCGGACCAGAAGCAGCUAACGCAAACUCGGAAGGAAAAUAAUGCACAGAGGAGACACCAAGACCACAUGGUGGAAUCGACGGAUCGGCAAAAUCGGUCAGCUGCACGAAAGCGUAGAUCCUCCAGCCCAUCUCCCAAUGGGAAAGAGACGCACGAGAGAUACCUUGAUACAUUCCCUGACCGAGGCUCCUCCGAUACAUCCCCGCCUCCCGGAGACAGGAGCCACAGAGGGAAUAAUGUGUCCAGUUCCGCACAGCCUCAGCGGCGUCAUCCCCGUUCCCCCGAGCAGAAACACCGGUGGCACAAAAGCCCGGAGACGCUGGCUGGAGACCGAUCUCGCACACCAGAUAAGCCGCGACCGGGGCACGCUGACCUGAAGACACGCACGCCCUCGCCGGGUAAGCCACGGCCGGCUUACGCCGGUCCCAAGACCCGGAGUCAGAACCGCGUGCGUACACCGUCCCCAGGAAAGGAUCGGGCACUUCACAACGGUGCGAAGAUCCGGCCGGAAUACCGAACCCACACACCAUCUCCGGAGAGGGAGAGCCCUGGCCACAGCGGUCCGACCACCCGGAGCCAGCGCACACGCACGCCAUCCCCGGAGAAGACCUCGGAGAGUCACGAGAACCCCAGCUCGCUGUUCUCGCCAGCACGACCGACGUUCGGGGAUCGCAAGACUCCUUCUUCCGAGCACAGCCGCCGCCACGAGACGCCGUCGAGCGGAGGGAAGAGCAAGAGGAGGAGCCUGUCUCUGGCCGGCAUGUCGAAUCCGGACAGAGAUGAGGAUGAGGGGGGCACGCUCAGACGCCUCAUCAUGGCCAUGAGACACUAGAGAAGCGACUGAUCUCCCCGUCACCCGAGCCGCAGAAGUGCACCGAAUAUGAUCAGGAGACCCCAACGCUGACCAGCUACACGUCACGGAAGGAGUACGAGCUGUGCCAGCCGAGGGGAGCACCGGCGACGCCUGCGACUGGCCCUAGCUGGCCCAGCGACAGUCAUAAGCCGCGCGCCAGGCGCAGGCGUCUGCGCACCGCUUAACGGAGUCUGCGGGGGCGACACGCGACAGCAUCAGCCACUGGAGGUGACGGUGGCGCCGCCUGGUGCUGCCUGGUGCGCCUCUGACAGAAGUGCCGCCGGACGGACCGAAGCGACCGGCCUGACGAAUACUGCGCCGUCUGGACGCGGCAGGCCGUGACUCGAAAUGGCGCCGUUAAUUCAUAGAUGGCGCGGCUAGCGUCAGGCGAGCGGUGCGAGUAACCCACCACUAAAUUCGCCGCUGUUCAUACUUAAGAGAGCAGAAAAGAACACGUCUGGAAUGUUUCACCCGUGGUGGCUCGGGCGUUGCUUAUUUGACGAUAUAUCGUAUAAGUUGAUAUGGCCUGGCACCAGGUUUGUAGACGGCGUCAGCAAGUUAAGGGAUGCAGCGAGCUACUUGCUAUGUUCAGCGCAUGCCAACAUUAGCCCUAAGGCAUUACAUAUGCAGAGAGGUGAGCGAGUCUUACCCAUAACCUCCCCCGAGAGAUUUUCCGUACCUUCCUUGCGGGAUGGUAGGAAAGCAUCGGUUUUUCUAACUGGAACGGGAAAUGGUGCAGUCUCAGCAUCUGAAAAUGGAUUUUUGAAAACUUGCGAGGGUGAUCUGAAGGCUCUGUAACUUGCCAUGAGUAUGUUCUGCAUACGACGCAGUUACUGCCCUUCGAGGUGGCUGUUUCAUGGUGGAAGCCUUCUUGCUACAAACAUGUGUCAUGCAUCGGGCAUUGCUCACGUCCUGAUGAGCACAGCAUGCUUUUUUAUUUAUGGUGGUAUGCAACUUGUUUAUUGUGAUAUGGCACAUCCAGGCACGUUCCACAGGGUGUUUUCAUGAAUCCUGGUGUCCACCCGCCCCGCGAGUCGUAAAUGGACUCUGAAAAUUGGCGAACUAAACCUGCCCUAUCGAUAAAUCUGUAUUAGGCAUACGCCAUAGCAUGCAAACACGCGGCUGAUGUUUACCUAAGUGCUGCUCGUGGUAAACAGCCGCACAGGCUAUCACUGUGCUGGAUGUUACGAUGUGUGGUAGGGCACAGAAGUGACGCCCAAAUAACAUCGAGCUUUCUAAUUCGCAGCUGUGAUUGCUACUAAAAUAUAUUUUCCUAACAAC